CGGGGUUGGGCAGAAGGCUGGACUCGGAGCGCAACGACGUUCUCUGCGUUUCUUCGUCCCACUGCUGCUCGCUGACGACGACUACCAUGUCCGCGUAUCCUGCGUAUGUUAUGGGAGGUUUGUGUAUCGUCGGAGGGGUCACGGGCUUUACGAGGACUCGGUCGGUGCCCUCGCUGGUCGCUGGGGUCGGUGUGGGGCUGCUCUACCUCUGGAGCGCGGAUAGCAUCAGGAAGGGCACUGCGAACGGUCUGGAGGGCGCUCUCGGUGCUUCCGCUUUACUGUUGCUUUCUUCACUCCCCCGUGUCGCAAAGGGACCGGUGCCCCAAGUCCUUGCUGCCACUUCCACCAUCACAGGACUGUACUACGGCAAGACCGUGUACGACCUGUCUCGGCACUGAAGAAUAACUGAUGUCUGUAUGCUAAUCUGUAUGUGUGCUGCUUGUAUAUUCAUCUAUCAAUGCACCCUGCUCUGCCCCUG